AUGUCUAGAUAUUUGGGCAAUUACCAAUUCGAAGUGGGGAUUCCGUGUGGUGGUGAGGCGAUAUUACACGCAGCCAACAACCUGCUUGAGAUGCAUGGACACUAUAACAGCAAGACCAUGCUUCUUGUAGACUUUACAAACGCAUUUAAUCUUGUCGACAGAUACACAAUGAUCCGUGAAGUCAGAACUAUGUGCCCAAGUAUCUCCAACUGGGUGGAGUUUUGCUACUCCAAACCUGCACGGUUAUAUUAUAAUGAUGUUGUAUUGUCUUCAGCCAAGGGGGUACAACAGGGAGACCGUUUGGGACCACUGCUCUUUGCAUUGAUUUUGCAUCCCCUUGUGAACAAAAUUACCGCAGAAUGCACUCUUGACCUUCAUGCUUGGUAUUUAGAUGACGGCACCCUUAUAGGCGAUACUAUGGAAGUGUCGAAAGCACUUAAGAUCAUCCAAGAUGAAGGCCCGGCUAAAGGGUUGCACCUGAAUAUCAACAAGACCGAGAUUUACUGUCCAUCAGUUGAUCCAAGGAGAGAAUCUAUUGGUGUCUUCCCUGCAGCUAUAAGUAAACCUACACGGGGUGUCAAGGUACUAGGUGGUCCUAUGAGCUUAGACCAGCAAUUCUGUAGCAACAUGGUACUUGACAGAGUAGCGAAGACGACCCAACUCAUGCAUAAGAUCAGGAAGUUGCAAGACCCGCAGAGAGAGUUACUCCUCCUGCGUAACUGCACAGGGGUUUUCAGAUUGUACUUCACCAUGCGUACGACAAGCCCAAUGGCAUUGCAAGAAGCUACCGCAGAAUACGACAACCAAUUACAACAAUAUCUGAGACAGUUGAUCGUAGGCGACGGUGCUGGUUAUGGUGUAGUUCAACAACGGUUUACAACUAUGCCUAUCAAAGACUGUGGACUUGGAAUAUAUACAAUGGCUGAUACUUCUCGUUAUUGCUUCUUAGCAUCAUGUUCCCAGAUACAACAUCUACAGACGACCAUCCUUCAAGAUACAACCACUUUCGAAUCAGGUCAGAGAUACCAACACGCCAUGCAGUUAUACACCCGGUCCUGUGGCCUUUCUCCAAUCGAUUUCAACAUCAAUGAUGUUGCCCCCAGUUCAUAA